AUGGCUUAUCUACAAGGGUUUACUCCAACCUUGAAAUUGGGUUUUGUGUUUUCAUCAAUAAUUUCACCAAAACAGAGACACCCUUUGGUUUUCCCUUCAUCAAAGUAUGGAUUUUCACUCAAAUUCAAUGAUGGGUCAUUCAAAUUUCAAACCCCUUUAAUUAAGGGAACUAAAUCGGUGGAGCUUGACCGGUUUGUGACCAGCGACGACGAAGAAGAGAAAGAAGAAAUGGGAGAUGGGUUCUUGGAAGCAAUAGAGGAGCUUGAGAGAAUGACUAGAGAGCCUUCUGAUGUUCUUGAAGAGAUGAACGAUCGUCUCUCAGCUAGGGAACUUCAGCUUGUGUUGGUUUAUUUCUCUCAAGAUGGGAGAGAUUCAUGGUGUGCUUUGGAGGUUUUUGAUUGGUUAAGGAAAGAGAAUAGGGUUGAUAAAGAGACUAUGGAGUUAAUGGUUUCUAUCAUGUGUGGUUGGGUGAAGAAGUUGAUUCAGGAACAGCGUGGUGUUGGUGAUGUUGUUGACCUUCUUGUGGAUAUGGAUUGUGUUGGGUUGAGGCCUGGGUUUAGUAUGAUUGAGAAGGUUAUUUCUUUGUAUUGGGAUAUGGGGGAGAAAGAAGGGGCUGCUUUGUUUGUGGAAGAGGUUUUGAGGCGUGGAGUUUCUUGGAAUGAGGAUGAUCCUCAAGGGUAUAAAGGAGGGCCAACUGGGUAUCUUGCUUGGAAGAUGAUGACUGAGGGUGAUUACAAAGGUGCUGUCCGAUUGGUAAUUCGGUUUAGAGAAGCCGGCUUGAAGCCAGAAAUCUACAGUUACCUUGUUGCAAUGACUGCCAUAGUUAAGGAGCUCAAUGAGUUUGCCAAAGCUCUACGAAAGUUGAAAAGUUUCGCUAGGGCCGGGCUUGUUACCGAAUUCGACCAAGAAGACGUUGAGCUAGCAGAGAACUACCAAUCCGAACUUCUAGCCGACGGAGCUCGCUUAUCCAAAUGGGUGAUUCAAGAUGACACUCCUUCAUCACUUCACGGAGUUAUCCACGAGAGGCUCCUCGCCAUGUACAUCUGCGCCGGCCGUGGAAUCGAAGCCGAGAAUGAAUUAUGGGAAAUGAAACUCGUUGGCAAAGAAGCCGACGUAGGUCUCUACGACAUCGUUCUAGCCAUAUGUGCUUCUCAGAAAGAAACUGCAGCGAUAGCAAGGCUAAUGACGCGGUUGGACUUUGCGAGCCUGCCGCAGAAGAAGAAAAGCAUGUCAUGGUUGUUAAGAGGAUACAUUAAAGGUGGCCAUUUCAAUGAAGCAGCAGAGACUGUAAUGAAAAUGGUUGAAUUGGGAAUUUAUCCAGAAUAUUUGGAUAGAGUUGCUGUUGUUCAAGGUUUAAGGAAAAGGAUUCAUCAAUAUGGAAAUUUAGAAACUUAUAUUAAGCUUUGUAAGUCACUUUCUGAAGCAAAUCUUAUAGGACCUUGUCUUGUGUAUUUGUAUACAAGAAAAUAUAAGCUUUGGGUUGUGAAAAUGGUGUAA